ACAAACCGCGGACGCGCGCUCCAAGGCGCGCCCACGUGAUGCAGCGCCUCCCCGUGCGCACAGAUGCUGGAGAAGCGACAGGCGCGCUCAUCUCCGAGGGACAGAACGUACCGAGGAUCUACCGGACGCGGUUCGGUCCAGCGGGAUCCGCAGACGCGAUGCUGAUCAUCAGAAUUUAAGAAGCUCCGUCUCACGGACACUUUAAACGUCUGUUGUGAAAAAUCUCGCCACGCGUCUGCGUUUGUUUGGCUCGGAUAUUUAACCCACUCGGCCGGGUAGGGACGCACGGUUCGGGUUUUGGCACGAUGUGGAGGACCGGUACCCUCCUGCUCCUCCUCCCCCGGCUGCUGCUUAACGGACUGGCGGCCGCUGAACUCCUGCAAGAGGAGACGGAGUCGCGGAGACAACAGCCUCCUCCGGGAAAGUUGGACUUCGGUUACGUGCCUGCAGGAGUUUACGAGACGUUGGCGCAUUACGAACCGGGACCGAUAGGCAUUCUGUUCCACUUGGUGCACGCGUUUCUGUGCGCCGUGCAGCCCAACCCUUUUCCACAAGAUCUUCUUGUCAAACUCGCAAAGGACAAGUUUGGAGCCAUUCAGACAGAAUAUCAGAAGCCAGAGAACGUAAUGCUGACCCUUCAGGCCAUCUACUAUGAGAUCGGUUUCCUGGUGUGCGCGGCAGUGGGCCUGCUGUUUGCUGUUCUCUUGCCGAUCGUCGGCCUCUUCUUCUGCCUGUGCCGCUGCUGUGACAACUGCGGCGGCGAAAUGCACCAACGGCAACGCAAGAACGCCGACUGCCGGCGUGGCCUGCUGGGAACACUGCUCUUCUCCACCUCACUGGUCAUCACGAUCGGAGUGCUGUGUGCUUAUGCAGCCAAUCAGAACCUGAGCUCACAGGUGAAGAACAUCAGGAGGCUGGUCAACAGCAACAUGAGGGACAUGCACAUCUUUGUUAAUGACACACCGAUGCAAAUUGAUUACCUCAUAUCUCAAUACACCACCACCAAGAACAAAGUCAUCUACGACCUCGAUAAUAUAGGCCCAUUAUUGGGUGGAAAGAUACGUGAGCAGUUAAAUAAGGAGGUGCACCCCGCCCUGGAUAGAGUGCUGGAUAUGGCCGGAGCCAUGAGAGAAACCAAAGAGGCCCUGGAGAACACCAGCGUGUCCCUGGAAGUCCUCCAUGAGGGAACAGGGAAACUCAAUUUCAGUCUGAGCCUGGUGCGGUCCAGUAUUAACCGCACCCUCAAUGACCCGGGGUGCCACGAUGAGGAGUCCGAGGCCACCUCUGCCCAGCUGUGCCGGAACAUCCGCCAGUCACUCAGCCAGCUGCAGAUCAGCGCGAAUUUCACAUGGCUGCCAAAUGUGAGCGCCCAGCUGGAAAGCAUGAAUAACGUGUUGAAAACAGAUCUCAGUGUCAUCGUACAGAAGGGCUACUCGUCUUUGAAUGACACACCACAUAUGGUGAUUGAACAGACCAGAGGUGUUGUGGAGAGUGUUCAGGACUUGGUGGAUGAUAUUGGUGCUAACAUCAGCAGUUUGUCCAAAGCGUUUCCGUUGCAGAGCUACCUGUCCAAUUUCACCAUCCUCAUUAGUCAUGCCCAUGCCAAGAUUGAAGACUACUACCCUGAAAUAGACCAGAUGGACUUUUACAGAUGGAUUGGCUGCAUUGCUCUAUGCUGCAUGGUGGUUCUGGUCCUGGCCUUCAACUAUCUGGGACUACUAUGUGGCACCCUGGGAUAUGAUAAGCACGCCUCACCUACGACACGAGGCUGCAUCUCCAACACAGGAGGAACAAUGCUCAUGGCUGGUGUUGGCUUUAGCUUCAUCUUCUCCUGGGUGCUGAUGGGUGUCGUGACCAUUAUUUUUCUGACUGGAGGAAACAUGGAGAAACUUGUUUGUGAGCCCUUCCACACUAAACAGCUUUUCAAGGUUGUGGACACUCCGUAUCUGGUGAACCCAGAGUGGAAGAACUUCAUUCCUGGUUACAUGUACAAUGACUCUGAGCUGGAUCUGACUGCAGAGAGUUUAUACAGGACUUGCAAAGAGAAUAAAGGCAUCUACUCAGCCAUGCAUCUGGACAAAGUUUUCAACAUCUCCUCGUUCCUGAACUCCACAGUGUUUACUCAGGAUGUGACGGCUCAGCUGGCCAGCAUGAAGAUCGACCUGAGAGGAAUCAUCCUGCUGGAGGCCACGGGGAAGCAGAAUCUAAUGGACUUCUCUGAAGCUGGACUGUCAGAAAUCAACUAUGCCGACUACCUGGAAGAGGUGAACAAAGGAGUCACUGUGGUGGAUUUGCUCUCGUAUGCCAGAGAGCUGGAGGCCCAGACAGACCUGAUGCCCAAGGGCCCCCUGCAGGCAUCUCUGAAGGGCCACGUCAGGACUCUGCGACAGAUCCACAGACAGCAGGUCGUCCCCAUGGAGCAGGCCAUGAAAUAUGUUAGAGCGAGGAGCUUGUUGAACCAGAGUAUGAGAUUCCUGGAGAGGACAGCCUCAGACCUGCCAAACAAAUUAUUAACUGUUGUCGAGGCCAUUGAAGCUGCUCAAUAUCUCAUCUCGCAGAAUGCCACACAUUUAAUCAACCAGGAAAAAGAAAAAUACACCGCGACUGUUCUUGGUUACUUCCGUCAGUACACACAGUGGGUCAGAACAUCUCUUGCCAUGGAAGUGGCGCCAUGCAAACCCUUCAGCAACAUGGUGGACACGGCUGAAAUCAUCACGUGCAGUUUCUUGGUCGACUCCAUGAACACUUUCUGGAUGGGCCUGGGCUGCAGCACACUCUUCCUGCUCCCAAGUAUCAUCCUGGCAGUAAAAUUAGCCAAGUACUACCGCAGGAUGGACACAGAGGAUGUUUAUGAUGACAUUGAGACAAUUCCCAUGAAAACUAUGGAAAUUGGUAAUAAUGGUUAUCAUAGUGAGCGAUCACAAAGUCUCCCAAGUUCUAUUAUGACAAGCCUCCCAAAUCCUGACAAUAUGAACAGGUUCCCGCGGGCCUCGGCUCCUCCGAGGCACAUCGACUGGUGACAGAGAGCCCAAUCUCGUUCUGGCUUCUGAAGUGCCCUCGAAAGCUGGAACUAAAAUGCUGAACACCACUUUUCCGAAGAAGAACACACGGAUUCUUUUGGGUGUUGUUGCCCUCAACGAUCAGCAAACCCAUUCAUGGAGGAUGACCUCAGCCUGUACACAGCCGUGACCUCCACAAUCCCCAUUCCUCCCAGAAACUCCACCUGCAGGACACGCGACAUCAUUCUUCGUACAAUCUGAGCCAAGCGCGUCCUGCAUCUUUUUCUAAUGGACUGCCAUAUCUGCGUUUACAUUUCUUCUGGCACAAAGUGAACAUUUAUUCGGCGAGAGGGCACGACACAUCUUCAUGUUUUCUUUUCCCCCGUUGUGUGUUUUUGGAAACGAUUGCCUGAAGGACUUGAUGAGCUGCUACAGAAAACUUUUUAAUCCUGCACUUAAAAUGGAUGUGUCACCUUCAACAUGACCAUGUGGCGCACAUGGUAAAAUGUGAGAGUUUUGUUCAGCAAUAUCCUUUUUAAGUGCAGUAAACACAAAGACUGAGAACGGACUGAAAGAAAAUACAGAAGCAGGUUGCUCCUGGGCAUAUUUUUAUGAAUUAUAGAAGGAAAUUUAACAAGAUUUUUGUUUUUAAUGUUUACAAUAUUCUGAAAAGACAGGUAGAGGUUUCCAUCUUUGACAGUUUAGUCUACAAUGGAGAAGAUUAUCUGCCUUUCGAACAGAUGUUGGAUCCCAAACAUCUCAAAUGGAAAAUCCACCCUCACAGGUGCUUAUGUUAAAAAGCAUAUCAUUUUUUUGUACAUAAUUAAUGUUCACAAGGAGUGCACAUUUUUGAUAAUUAUUAUUUUUUAAUUAUUAUGUCCUGUAAUCUCAUCAUGUAAACAAUUUCUGAAUUAAAUUUUUAAAAAUCAACUCAGAUUAUCGCAGUGCAUCCAUCUGCACCCCCUUUAACAAAACAAAUCUAAAUCUAUGAUUUUCCCAGCAAGGGUUCAUUUGACAAGUCAGGGAGGAAUGGAGAGAAGAACAUUUCCAAAUUACUGAAUAUCACAGUUCAUUUAAACCAACCGCAUAAAUCAAAACAAUGUGAUAUUCUUUAGUAAAUCCUCAAAAAAAAAAAAGGUGCAGGAAGGAUACAAGCCACCAAGACACCCAUAUUUUAUUACAUCCUUCUGUAUUUCUUUCUACAAUGAAGCUGUGAUAAGUCUCUCCAGUCACAGCCACUGAAGCUUGCACCUCCUUCAGAGUUGCUAGGGGUGUCUUGGUGGCUUCCCUCACUCGUCUCCCUUUUGUGUUAACAGUCAGUGGUGUCGAUAAGUUAGGUUUUUGUAAUGGUAUGUGCAGUUUGGGUGGAUUUUCUCUUUAAAACAAAUUAUUAAAAGUGUAAUUGCUUAACAAUUCUUUGACAAAUAUGUCAGAAUUUUAUAUGAUUACGAGAUUAAAAGUGUAAGAUAAUAUGUUGAGUUCACUAAUUUGACAGAUUAUUUUGCUUUCAUAGAUUAAUUAUUUCCUCAAGACAAAUCUUUGUUUUAACCAUAGCUCUCAGGUUUUUAGUCAGCCUCCUUAUUCUUUUUAUGUUUUUUAAAACUAUGGAAUGAGUGAAUGUAUUUGGGAGCUUUUUUUUGUAAAUGUUUCAUGGCUGCUGAACUUUGACCUUGGUUGAGCCAUUGAGAUGACCUCAUCCAGCGGCCCUCUACAUUUGCAGGCAUUUGUUUAUUUGUACAAUUAGACAAAGAUGGUGAAAAAUUAGACAAUCUGUUCACAGUUACAGUUUGCAGAUUUGUUUUUGUUACACACUGAAAAAAUGCUUAUGUUUUUAUUUACGUGUUGUGAGGUCACUUUCCAAAUACAGCAAUAGUCAAUUAAUUAACAUGUUUCAUGUAAGAAAUUACUAAAAAUCUAAUUUAGUGUU